CUUCAAUGCCCUUGCAGUCUGCAGCCCCAAGACGGUCAACUGCCCCCACCUUGCCAUAGCCAGUUACAUCAUCCAGCCCGCUGCCCGCACGACGGGACAAGUCAACCAUCAGGUAGUAUUUCACUUGAAAUAUGCCUCGAGUCCAAUUCAACGCAUCUUCGUCGACACUUCUUCUCGUCGCCUUCAUUCUGCUCUGUUUCUUUCCAGGCCUUUUCCACUACCUUUGGACAUUUCCCCUCGUCUCCAUCGGGCUCCUCUCACCCGACUAUACCCCGCCGUCCACUUCGACGUCCGAUCCUAGGACAACAACAACAACAACAACAACAACAACAACAACAACGAUGACGACCGCUUGGUUCCAAAAACAAUUCAGCCUGCCUGCCAAGUCGCGUGGGUCAUAUCUUAUCACAGAUACGGUAGUGCGCGAGCUUCCUGAGAUCCGCGGUUAUAAGGUCGGCAUCCUGCACCUGUUCAUUCAGCACACGAGCUGCGGGCUCAGCCUCAACGAGAACUGGGACAGCGAUGUCCGGGAGGACAUGAGCGAUGCGCUGGACCGCAUUGCGCCCGAAAGCGGACCUAAGGGAGAGGCUCUGUACAGGCAUGAUGCCGAGGGUCCGGAUGACAUGCCGGCGCAUAUCAAAAGCGCACUCGUCGGCGCAAGUGUCACGAUCCCGAUUAAGGAUGGAAAACUAGCAACGGGAACGUGGCAAGGAAUUUGGUAUCUAGAAUUUCGGGCCUCGAAACAUCAGCGCCGAGUCAUGGCCACCAUCCAGGGCGAAAAGGCAUGACUGGCUUCCACGGCGCCAACCAGAUUGUGACGGGAGCCAAACGAUAGCGGGCUUCGGCGUAGUGGGUGAAAUUAAAAUGGCGGCUGCUCCACGACGACCCAAGCCAGAUCAGUUGUUUUGGAAUUUCCACAUUCCGGCCGUAGAACUCAGGUAUAAUAUACAGGUCAUGCCUUUGUGGCCUGCGCCGAACGCCUUGUCGUCUGUCCGUGUACCGUCCCUUUCCAUCUCAAUGUCUACUACCCCGUACUGCUUGCGGUACGAU